AUGAGCGCUUCAUCCUCCGCAUUGCCGCCCUUGGUACCAGCGCUUUACAGAUGGGAGUCAACUGGUGCUCGCCGAGUCCAACGUCGCUGUGUAGGCGCCGAGGCAAUCGUUGGACUGGAAGAAAAGAACAGAAAAUCUUUAUACGAUCUUUUCAUCGCCACUCCUCUUCGGAAUGUUGCACCAGCCUCAACAUCGCUGACUUUGCGAAACCUCAAAGACAUGUUCGAGCUGGCCUUGGUAGAAGGGCGUUUCGAGCACCCCGAAUGUGCUUGUACAGUAUCUUGGGAUGAUCAAGUAGCUGCCAUUAUCUCCUACGAAUCACCAAAAAGCGACCAAUCUGCUCGCGAGUGGGCUAGGGGAUGCGUUCAUGUACAGCCUACCGCAAAAAGUGCUAUCGAUCUUUGGACCGAAAUCGAGGAAGGAAGAGCAGCGGGCAAGGAUAGCGCACUAUCCAAGCCGAUGGAGCUCUUCCUGCUUUCAGAUGUCCCUACAGACUCGACACCAAUCCCCCAAGGCGCGACCGUCGACAUCUUGUUUCACAGCAACCAUGUGUUUUGGGAUGGGAUCGCUUGUCGAAAGUUUAUCGGGGACCUCUUUCGCCUCGUGGGUAAUCACAUCGGCCUUAGUGACAGCGCCGAGACGCCUAAGAUGCAAUGGGGCCAAGAGAUCAAGAACCUGAGCCCUCCAGUCGUUGACUCGCUCAAGUUGGACAUCAGCACUCUUGGAACUGAGUUCGAUGACAAGUGCACAGAAUAUACAGGUGCUCUUGUGGCCAACUAUAAAAGCCGAGGUAUGAAAUUUCGACCAGGACUCGGUUUACCUCGUUGUUCUAUCUACAAACUUAGUGCCGACGACUCCAUUGCCAUAAUCAAGGCUGUGAAGACUCGACUUGGCCCUGGCUAUACCAUCAGUCAGCUGACCCAAGCUGCGAUUAUACUUGCUCUGCUAGACCACCUCAAGCCUACUGAUCUUUCAGACGAUGAGUUCUUCAUAUCACCAACAUCAGUAGAUGGCCGCAAGUGGAUGCGGGAGGAUAUAGCCAGCAACUACUACGCCAUGUGCCAGACUGCUGCCGUUGUUCGCGUCGAGAACCUGAAGUCUAUUGCAGUGAGUCACAAGGAUGAAAAAGAUAUUCAAGUCAGAGCUCUGGAAAAGGCCUGCAGGGAUAUCAAAAAAUCUUACGAUCAAUGGCUUGGAAAUCCGUUCCUGGAGGCUCUAGGCCUCAGAGUUCAUAACUUCGAGGCCAGCUAUUUGCACGAGAAACCGAAUCCAUUCGAAGGAACAGAAGCGAACCCGUUGUUCAUCAGUGACGGUGUCAACGAACGCUUCAUUCCUCGCGAAAUCAAGCGAACUGCAACAGGCGAGGACGUUUUGUCCGUUGAAAGCAUAGACUUUAUUGUGAACCAGUCUUUGCCAUAUCUGGCAGUCCGGCUGGAUAGUUGGAGAGAUGCUUCCACCCUCAACAUCAUCUAUAAUGAUGCAAACUAUAACGAGGAAGAGGUACAGACGUACUUGAAGAGUAUUGUAGAGUUCAUGCUGGCAUUCAAACUGUAA